AUGGAGGCAGCGGGACGGGGUGGCGGGGCAGCCGCCGAGAAGGCAGAGCGCAGGCAGAGCGGACGCAGCGCCGAAGGCAGGCUCCGGCCGCCGCCGGGUGCGAGCCGCGAUCGAUGUCCUGCGCCCAGCACAAAAUGGCGCUUUAAAGUCCCGGGCGGGGCCUGCGCGCACCCGCCCCGCGAGCCGCCCGUUGGCCCGUUGAAUACUGCUGUAUUUAGUGCACCAGACCCAAAAGGCUGUGGUGGUACUUGGACAGAUGCCCACCUCAUGGGCAACUUCUCCUCCUCUGCACAGCUCUUUGUUACACUGGCAGCACUGGUGUUCCUCUACUGCAUUACUGCCCUUGUGGUAUAUAUUGGAUAUAACCACGUGUAUCGACACAAUAACAAGGUUCCACUGACUGACUUGGCAAUCAGUGUCUUGACAGCUUUUCUGUGGCUGGUCAGUACUUUUGUUUGGGCAAAGGCUCUGGCUGACAUCAAAGAGUCCACAGGAGCCAGCAUUAUUCCAGGAAUUGAAUCUUGCAAAGCACCAGGAACAACUUGCCACUUUCUUUCUGUGACCAGCAUGGGAUCUCUGAAUGUGUCUGUGGUGUUUGGCUUGCUUAAUAUGAUUUUAUGGGCAGGAAAUGUUUGGCUUUUAUACAAGGACACCAACUUGCACAACCAAUGGAACAGAAUUUCUGAAAGUACAACUGAAGGGGUAUAA